AUGAUGUUCCCAACAAUUGCACUUCUAUUUUUGUCAACUGCACCUGUCUUGAUCUCGUCAUUACAGUGCAAUGUUUGUCGUGAUGGUAUUCGACUCAACUAUACAAUGACCAGCACAACAGUACCACCGCUUCCUUCCGAUUGUGCUGUAAUUACUGCUUCACGCUGUUGGGCAUCGAUUUUUUGGGAGUUAGAUUUUAACAGAACUUUUUUGGAAUUUCAUGGUCGACCAGGAAUGGCAAUCAAUGCUCCUUCACGCGAUGUGGUUUCGGUAAGAAUUGUGAAGGGUAUGGAACGCAAUAAUCAAACUCUAUCAUCAGGUCGUGAAGUCAUUUAUGAAUGUGACUCAAGUGAUAAAUGUAAUGAUCAAGCAGGUUUAGAGAAGCUUCUUAGUUCACUUGUUGUUGAAGAUCAAUUUCAGCAAGAAGUAGCUCCUUUGCUCAAAAUUGUUUCUCCAUUUGAUAUAAGAGCUGCUGAUUGUUUAUAUUUUCAUAAUACGACAUUUCGGUGUCCUCCGCCCGAUCUUCGAAGGUGUCACAGAUGUACAAUUGAAGUCGGUCAACAAACAUCACUUAUUGAACAUGUCUGUGCAACAUGCGAGGUUGAUGAAGUUCGUGAGAAUUUCGUUGAACGUUUCAAGACUUUUGUCUUGAGUAAUCGAACAGAAGACAUAGAUGUUGCUGUCCUUGGUUGUCAAUUGAAAGGAUGUAAUUCAGUUAAUAAUGCUAAUAUAGUUUAUAAAGCAAGCCAAAUUACAUUCAAUUCUGAUGAAUACUUCAAAAAUUGA